AUGACGACCUCUCACCAAGACUCCCCCCUCUCCAUCCCCCCCAACCCAUCCACCCCCGACCCCAUCUCCUCCCUCCCCAAUCCCGCCCUCUUCGACAUCAUCCCAUCUCUUCACACCCUCCUCGCCCGCAUCCUCCCCACCCCCUCCGGCCUCGCUCCCCCAAAAGACCCCUCGACAACCGCGCCAGCCACAUCCACGACCGCCCCAACCCCACAAACCCAGCUAGCCACGCAAAGCCAAACCCAACACGCGACAUCACAAACCACAGGGUCACAGCCCACCGCCGACGCGUCCGCGGGAGAGACGUUGGAGAUCCAUCAGUUGGCGGCCGCGACAUCGGAGUUGAAGGUGCGGCUGCAGCGGGCGCGGGCGGCUGUAAGGGCGUUGCCGGACGUGGAGCGGAGCGUGGAGGAGCAGGAGGGGGAGAUUGGGGAGUUAGAGGCGCGGGUGAGGGAUCUGAGAGGGGUGUUGGAGGAGUUGAGGCGGAAGGCGUUAGCGGGGGUAGGGGAGACUGGAGCGGAGGACGGGAUGGAAGGGGUGGUGGUUACGUCGGUGGAGGUGAGGGAAGGAGUGUGA